GAAAUCUUCAAUUCUAAGUUUGCUUUUAAAGAAAUUGUGGCCCAAGGCCUAAUCCAUAACCAACAAUUAUAAUCCCCCUCACUGCUACAACUAAAACCGAGAGAGGAUGGAGAUCUGCGCCGGUCACAAAUCGGAGAUGCUGUGCCCUAACUCCGACCACAUGGAGUUGGAAAAGUCUGAAGUGACCUCCUUCACCGAGUCAUUCUCCAAAUACCACAUACCCAAGUUGAAAGAUGCUUGGCCACAGGUGGAAUCGGCUUUACAAGAGCAUGGAAUUUCUUACACACUCAAUCUGGCUGAGCUUUACAUGACUGUCUCAACCACCCCAAGGACCGAAGAUCCAGACAUCAUUCACAGGGCUAGGGAGAUUAUUGUGCUUCUGUCCAAAACUACUGUUCCAACAUAUGUGGUAAUCAAUAUACUGAAUGGCUAUAUGCAUCAUGACCACAUCAAAACUGGGUAUCAAGAAGGUGGGCUUGCCGCAAUUCAUGGGAUCAAGAAGGAGCGAUUUGCUAAACGGAGGACCAGAUUCUUGGAAAACUUAAAGGUACAUAAAGUCCUAUGUUAUGUCUUUCGAUCUUCUAGACAAAUGGAAAAAGGAAUGAAGGGAUAAAUAGGCAUUCCUUAUCUUCACAUUUUACUAGGGAAACACUGUGACUGCCGCGGGAACUUCACUUGAGCAUGUAAAGGUGGUCAGAAUGGUCGUUGAAAGGUUUUAAUGUUGAAAUGUGAAUCCUGCAACUAUUGUCAGUCGCUUAAACAUGAGGAAAG